AUGACUGGGGUGGAUGGAGCCAAUUUCAGUUAUGUUAAAGUGUUGAGUGUUAGAAAUAAAAAUGUAAUAGUACCAAACUCAACUUCUGAUGGCUGCAACCGAAGUAUUGUAUCUAAAGAAUUAGAUGCCGUACCAAAUCCAAGGUUAGUUAGUCCAAACCUUUCAAGGAGCAAUAUCGAAGAUGACUUGGGUGAAUGGAGCCAAUUCCAGAGAAAUGAAGAGGCAAUGGUACCAAACCUAACUUUCAAUGGCUGUAGCCGAAGCAAUGUAACUGAAGAAUUAGAUGCUCUACGAAAUCCAAGGUUAGUUAGACCAGACCUUUUAAGGAGCAACAUAGAAGAUGACGGGGUGGAUGGAGUCAAUGCCAAGUACGCCUCUCUCUAUUCAUUAUACUAA